GUAGUGAACAAGUGAAACUUUGAUGAGGCUGUUCCUCUUUCCUCUGCGUCAGAACCUAUUAAUAAUUUAUUUUGCUUGUCAACAACUAAGUGAAUUCUAAUGAUUGACGAGGACAGCUGGAGUGUCUGUCAUACCACCUUUGCAUAGGUUUUUGUUUAUGUUGUAAAUCGUCAAGUUAUGGAAAUUCAGCACUGAAUGGAAAACAGAGGAUUUUGUUACAGUACAGGAUAUCUUCAUUUGUUAACUUGAGCCCUGUGUUGUGAAGAGACAUGAAGGCUCUGUUUGGACUGUUGGUGAUGUUAGCAGCAGUGUCUCAUGGCAUGGAUCCCUGUGAUGCUACACUGGAUGGAGCUCAGUGUUAUGGAACUCUGGGAGGAACUGUCUUUCUCCAGCUGAUACAGGAUGUCAGUGGAGUCCCUGACAUAUCAUUAAAAACCGAAUCCAAUGAUGCUGCUAAAAUUAUACUCAAAAUUAGAAACAAACACCCCAAAAUAGUGAAAAUCCACAAAUCCAUUGAAACCAGAGCACACUUCUUUACCAACAACGGGACGUUUAGGAUAAAUAACACAGAAAGGAAUGAUUCUGCUGAAUAUAAACUAGAAACAUUUAAUGCAGAUGGGGAAACAUUAGGGACCAGGAAACUACAACUGUUUAUUGAAGCCCCACUGUCCUCUCCUCAGCUGUCCUCUCAGUGUCUGACCCAUGGAGAGAUGAGGGUGUCCUGCUCCUCUGAGGGGGACGGUCCUCAGUACAGCUGGACUCUGGACGGACACCCACUGAGAGACACUGAGGCCUCUCCUGGUGACAAGACAAACACCAUCACGCUGAAGAGAGGCCAGUCUGGAGAUCUCACGUGCACCGUCAUAAACAACAUCAACAGUGUUACUGUGAGCAAAAUAAUCUCCCCCUGUGAGGGGCUUAUGUAUGUUAACUGCACUUCCAACGGGACAAAGAUAUCAGAGUGGGUGAUUGCCACUGGUAAUAAUACCCUGUGUAUUGAACGUACAACAGUGGCACACACAACUGUGACAAAUGCCUUCACCAGUAAAACAGAGGCAACCAAAGAGAUCAUAGGGAUGGUAGCAGCGUCUCUGGCAGGCGUAGUCCUUGUCCUAGUAAUGGUGUUGGCAGUUUACUGUGUCCAGAAGAAAAAGAAACCUCCAAAGACUUCAGUUCAUGUUGACAGUCAGGAUGUUGAAUACGCGAAUGUCAGGACACUGAAGAAGCAAAUGAGACUGCAGGAAAGAAAGGUGGAGUACGGACAGGUGAAAAUCACUGGGGCUCCCCAGCAGCCAUUGGAGGUGUUUGGACAGAAUAAAACAUUAGAGGGUCCCCGGUGGAAGGUAGGCACACCUGAGGAGGGGGACUGUGUGUACGCCAGGGUACGCAAAGGCCAGUGAGCAAGGUACUGUCCAGAUUCAAUAUAACAGAAGGAGGCUGAUUUAUAGGAAAGUACAACGCAGUGUCCAUCUCUCUAUUUGCAUAUCAUCCCUAACAGGUAUUGCAUAUCUUACAGAUUUUGUCCCAUUAUUACCAGAUUCAGGUUUUCAAAGGUGGCCAUUACUUAAUUUGCAAUAUGUACACCAAGUCUUAAAGAACCACAAAGUUAAAUAAUUUGAUGAACUAAGUUCAGACUUCCAUUUGCCAAAGUCAGAUUUCUUUAGCUAUUUACAACUAAGAUACUAUUUACUGAAACACCCCAAAUAGGUAAUAACAAAGGGUGAGUACUCUCCCAUAGAAAAACUCAAUCAUCAGAAAAUGGCAACUAGUAGUCAACAAAUAAAACUGCACCAAUGUGUUGAUAUCAUGGCACUGCGCAAUACUCCGCAAACUAAGUGCAAGUGGGAACCUGAACUUGGGGAGAACAUUGAACAUGAAACUUAGGAGGAAAUACCAUUUUGGGUACUUUCUAACUCCAGACACAAUGGUGAAGAUAGGUAAAGAAACAACCAGUGAAUACUGGAGAAAAUGUGGGGAAUUGUUCACAAACUACCCACUUAUUUUGGGAUCUUGUUCCAGAAUGAUGAAAUGAUGUUAUUAUGUUUUAUAUUAUUAUGUUUUUGACUUUGUUAAAAAUAUGUUUAAAUGCUCCCUGGCAAAGGACCCAACGAGUAUUACAAAAUGCCUAUCUAUUGAUUAUACUCCUGUCUGCAGCAAAUAAAUGUAUUACAGCACAUUUGUUAAAUAAGGACAUUCAUACUAUGAGUGGAAUUGUAGAGUGAAAUGAAUGUAUUUCAUGUAGAAUAAAAUUACAAACAGAUAUAUGUGGAAAAAAAAGAUGGGAACCGCUCCUUGUAAAUAACAUUGUGUAGACUUAAGACUCAUUAGUCUUGAAGCAAACAAACAUAUGAUGAAUGUGAUUACUAAUUUUUGCUUUUCCUUUUGGUGAUUUCGGUGCCUUCAGAACAUUUUCACACCCCGCAACUCUUUCCACAUUGUGUUGUUACAGCCUGAAUUUAAAAUUGAUUCAAUUGAGAUUUUGUGUCACUGGCUUACUCACAAUAAUGUCAAAGUGGAAUUGUGUUUUUUUUAUGUUUACAAAUGAAUAAAAACUGAAUAUCAGAAAUGUCUUUGAGUCAGUAGGUUUUCAAGCCUUUUGUUAUAGAAUGCAAAAAUAAGUUCAUGAGUAAAAUGUUAUUUAACAAGUCACCUCUGCAUGCAAUAGUAGAGUGGCAAAGAAAUGAACUUCAUAUCCUGAAUACAAAGUGUUAUGUUUGGGGCAAAUCCAACACAACACAUAAAUGAGUAUCACUCUUCAUAUUUUUAAAAAUGGUGGUGGCUGCAUCAUGUUAUGGGUAUGUUUGUUAUCGGCAAGGACUAGGGAGUUUUUUAGGAUAAAAAGAAAUGGAAUAGAGCUAAGCACAGGCAAAAUCCUAGAGGAAAAGCUGGUUCUGUCUGCUUUCCAACAUACACUGGGAUACAAAUUCACCUUUCAGCAGGACAAUAACCUAAAACAUAAGGCCAAAUAUACACUAGAGUUGCUUACCAAGAUGACAUGGAAUGUUCCUGAUUGGUCUCGUUACUGUCUUAACUUAAAUUGGAUUGAAAAUCUACGGCAAGACUUGAAAACGGCUGUCUUGCAAUGAUCAACAACCACCUUUACAUAUCUGGAAGAACUUUUAAAAGAAUAAUGUGUAAAUAUUUUCCUACCCAGGUGUGCAAAGCUCUUACAGACUUACCCAGAAAGACUCACAGCUGUAAUCACUGCCAAAGGUGAUUCUAACGUGUAUUGACUCAGGGGUGUGAAUACAGGGGUGCGAAAAAUAAAUGAGAUAUUUAUAUUUAUAUGAGAUAUUUAUAUAUCAAGACUCAGGAUAAGACCAGAUGCAGACAGUUUGAAUAACAGACAUUUAUUAUACAACAGGAGGCAGGCAAACGACAGGUCAAGGACAGGCAGAGGUCUGUAGUCCAGGGCAGAGUAAGGUACAGAGUGGCAGGCAGACUCAGGGUCAGGGCAGGCAGAGGUUAGUAAUCCAGGGCAGUGGCGAAAGGUACAGAAUGGCAGGCAGGCUCAGGGUCAGGGCAGUGAUCAAAACCGGGAUAACUAGUAAAUAGGCUUGUGAUCAAAACCGGCAAAACAAGUAAACAGACUUUGUAGGCUUGAUGAGACAAGAUGAACUGGCAACAGACAAACAGAGAACACAGGUAUAAAUUCACACGGGAUAAUGGGGAAGAUGGGCGACACCCGGAAGGGGGUGGAGACGAGCACAAAGACAGGCGAAACAGAUCAAGGUGUGUUUUUUUUUAUUUUAUUAAUUUUGAAUUCAGGCUGUAACACAACAAACUGUGGAAUAAGUCAACGGGUACGAAUACUUUCUGAAGGCACUGUAAUUAUAUAGUUAUCUGGUUUGUUGUGUACCUGUUUGUAUCUCAGAAGACCAGAACCUUAAUAAUACAAAUAAUAACAAUAAUAGUAAUUUACUUUACAAACACGAAUUAAACUACAUACAUUUCUGAUCAUAUCUAAGAUAGUACAUGAUAGAAUAAUCUUAAUUCGGCACACAGUACCUGUACAGCAAAUAAGGGAAUAUUACAUUU